UGGACACACUGGACAGUUGAAUUUUACUGCACUCUACAGCCUGUCAUUAGUUAAUUUAAUUUAUAUUUAAUAUAGUUAUUAUAGUUUAGUCUACUGCUUGAAUAUAUUCUACAAUAAAAUUGUGUUUUCAUCGUUUUACGUGUAGUAUCUAUGAGUAAGAUGGAAGUGGAUGGUGUGGAGAACUGUAAGAGUAAUAGUUGUAGCAAUAUAUCAGAUGGAGGAAAGUAUGCAAAUGCAAAGGCAUUCGUGGAUGCUGCACGCCAAUAUGAGACCACGCAUAGCGAGGUGUCUGUUAGUUUAAUGAACAGAUAUUUAAACCUGUUAGCAUCGACGUGUGAUUUAUCAAUAUUCGCUCCCGGGAGGUCGGAGGUGUGCGCCCUGUUCAGUUCGCUGUGGCGCGUGAUGCGGGAUCCGGGCGGGCCGCACUGGGCCGGCGUCGCUUUGCUGUCCCGGGCUUGUAUGGAGCCGAGCGCACGGCUUGCGCUCACGCACACUUACAAAUUCAUGCCAAUAUUGACUCAGUUAUUAUCUGAUUCUAUUUCAAAUGACAAGAAAAUCAAGUUGCUGUUGGUAAUGCAGGACAUAUCCUAUGGUAUUACAAUAAGUUGGCAGGAGUCAUACCUCCUUGUGCUCAUGAAGCAGUUAACAGACUGGAUCACAUCCCCAUGCAAUGACACCCAGGAACAACUGAUCAGGCACAGGUCCCUGGCAGUGUUGGCCAACAUCUGCUCUGGAAACUUACCCGCUGUAUAUGCUUUGAUGAGGAUCAUAGAUACUAAGAAAUUUCUUACGCAUCUUAUGAGUUUAAAGGACUGCUGCAUCGGAGGGGCUGACCUGUGCCGACUGCUGCUGAGCCUGUCAGCGGCGACGCGCGGCGCGAGCGCCGUGCGCCAGACCAACAUCAACAACUACAUGUCGUGCUGCGUGCUCACCUUCACCAAGUCGGUCGCAGAUAAGGACUCGACUCAACUGCUGCAGGCGUAUACCCUGAUGAACGAACUGUGCCAAGACAUCAACCUGAGGAACCUCGUCGCCAGCGCGCCCGACUUCUGCCUCGAGGACACCUUGAAGAACUUGGUGGAGUUUUGCAACGCACCUAACGAAGCAUUAGAGCCUGAGCAAGUCACUGACGUUGUCCGAAAUGCUUUAAAGUUUCUAGAACUCUUAGUUAAUUUAGAUAUAUAUCCGUUUCGCAAAAACCACUGUAAAAUACUUUGUCUGUGCUUGGCAGCGCAACAGUUGUGUCUGCCAGAGAGCUUUGAAUUAAUGUCGUCCAUCAUAUGUCUAUACAAAGAUGAAGGUCAACUACCUGAAGAGUUAACAUUGAUGAUUAGCGAGGGUUUACCAGGGCUUCUAGUGCCACCAUCGCUAGAACCAGGGAAAGCUGGGUUGCAAUGGUUGCAAGUGGUAGGUGCCCUGUGUGAGACGGGUUCGACGCAAGAACGAGUUUUGAGGGCUGUGUCGCCGAAGGCGUAUGAAAAGAUUCUAUACAGCGUUCUGCAGUAUUCUUCACAAAACGGGCCGGUGGGUCAGGAGCAGGGCCAACAGGCGGCCAUACUAGGCUGCAAUACGGCAUUGAUGCUGGCGCCGCUACUGCAGGCAUGGGGCGCCGCGCUCAAGAGUUUCCUCCGGAACAACCAGGUGCGGAAAAUGCUAUCGACGGGUCUGCGCAACGGAACGCGGCGGCUUGAAAUACUGAAGCUGAUUAGGCACCACCUUUUCCCUUGUGAUCUAAUGUAUGAGGUUUUCGGGGAGUAUCCGAAGCAGUCCGAGGGCUACGUGUCGCCGCGCGCCGUGGAGUCGGACGAGGCCUGGCAGUCGGCGCCGUGCUUCGCGCCGAUCCAGGAGCACGCGGUCGACGCUCUGGUGCGCCAGCUCACAGAAGCUCUUCACAAAAACAAGGUAUCUGAUAUUGCCACAUCAAGUGUAAUGGAAUUGUACGGAUACAAAAUGGCAUGUUUGGAACAAAGGCUGCAUUCACAAACCGUAGCACUUCAGGGAGCGAGUGAACACAUAGCUUCCCUACAACAUUCUCUAGCGCUGUUUCAAGCAACCGAUACGUCUCAGCAAGAUGUGUUGUACACUACACAGAUGCAAAAUGAAAAAUUAAAAACGACGAUCAAGAAUCUGCUCAAACAAUUAGAGAAUGCCGAGAGCGCCAUUCGCGGGUACCAAGCUAAGGUCGCCUCGGAAAAAAUACUUAAUGAAAAUCAGAAAGAGAUAUUGCAGAAUGAAUUCAAAACCCAGCUCACCACUUUAGAAAAUGAAAUGAAAGCCACCGAAAAAGAAAACCAGGAAAAAUUAAAGACUGCUGAACAGGAAACCAAGGCAGUGCAGAAGUUACUGGACCAAGAGACGAGCAAGUGCAAUGAACUGGCGGCUGUGCUGAUACGGUUCGAAGAGCAAGUUAAGGCACAAGCCAAAGAGAUAGAAGAAGUUAAUGCACUUGAGCGAAGUCUUAAAAAAGAUAUAGAACUUAGAGAAUUGACAAUAAAGCAUCUAGAAAAGACGAUAUUCGAGCGCGAGAACCGGCUGUGCCGGCUGCACACGCAGGUCGAGGAGAUGAAGCGCGUGCAGGAGAUGAUAGCCAAGCUCACGUCCAAGAUCGCCAGCACUGUGUCCUCGGUCAAAAACCGCACAUAACACGGCAGGCCGCCAACGCGGUGCGAGGCUAACAAGACGCGGCUUGAUGCGCUACUACUAAUAAAAAAUAAACAAAAUCACUUCAACACAUUACAAAAUUCUAUCUAUGGCAUUAUAAUGGCAUUUGGUGUGGUGAAAUCAGUACCACACGACUGCAUCUCCUGUAUUUUGUGGAAAGAGAUACAGUACGAAUAUUUUCGCAAACACGGCGAAGGGAAGUGUCAUCUUUAAUAGGAUGCCAAAGAGGGAGGUGACAUUCCAUUGUGAUCAUUUCAGAAUAGGGGAUUGGAUUGAUUAGUCAAAUUAGUUAUAGUUCGUAUUAUCCACCUGUGCGUCGAUUGUCAAAUCUAACCUUUAAUAACAGGACAAUAUGAGUCAGACCCGAAUCGUGAAUGACACGAUCACCUUUGAAAUGUCUUACAUUUACCAGUAUAAUGAAAUUUGUUUAAAAUACCAACUUACGACAAUAAGUUUUUAAUAGUCCAAUGAAUUUCUACAGUAUCCUUUGAAUAUACAAUAGUAGUUUAUGUGACUGCUACAUAAUAAAAGGCAUUAAAAUACACGAGUGUGGGUUGGCUCAGGAACGCUUCGGCCCCAGUUUCAUUUCGUCAUCUCCAUAAAUCGUCCACAGUGUUAUGUCGUCACCCUACAAUUCCUAAUUCGUAACCUUCCUAACUCGUCCACUUUCUUAUAUCGUCAAUACCCCAUUUUGUCUAAAUUCCUAUUUUGACCAUAGUGCCAACUCGUCCAAUAUCUGAUAUCGUCAAUAUACCAUUUUUGUCUACGUUCCUAUUUCGACCAAAGUGCCAACUCGUCCGCGUUCUUUUAUCGACCUAGGAUAAACGGUAAGGUAAAGUCUAAAGGCAGUGUUUCAAAAAAAAUAAACUGAAACAAAUAUUUUAAAAAUAUCUUCUUCAAUCUAAUCUGCUUGAUAUUUUUUUUUAAUAAUUACAGUCAUAUAAUAACGUGUUUAUUACAGAUUUAACAGUAUAAAGUACGACAUCUAACAUGUUUUAUUUUCACACUUUCAUUUUGACUUCGAAAAAAAUAUUUGACUGACUUUGACGACUCCGUCGAUUCUAAAACCAUAGCGAGCAUCCAAAAGUCCCAAGCCUAACUAUUACUAUGCUAUGUAGUUGACGAGUUGGCACUGUGGUCUAAAUAGGAAUGUUGACGAGUAAGCACUAUGGACGAAUUAGGAGUGUUGGCGAAUCGGCACUGUAGUCUAAUUAGGAAUAUAACCAAGUUACUACAGUGGCCCACGUAAGAAAGCGGGCGAGAUAAGAAAGUGACGAUAUAGGAAUGCUGGCGAAUCGGAACAGUAGACCAAAUGCGAAUGAGAACUACUUAAGAAGUUGACGAAAUGAAACUGAGGCCGAAGCGGUCCUGAGCCUGUGGGUUUAAGAAACGAACGAAGUGAGUUUCUAAAUAGGAUCACACGAGUGUUUUAAUGCCUAAUUAUAUGUACAGUUACAUACACAAUUUUAUCUACACGCAUAUUAUAAACUUUCUAUGAUAUAUUCACCAACCCAAAUCACAGCCAACGUUGCUCUCUUGGUGGAACUUGCGGAUAUGUGGUGGCGUCACCGAAAUAUUUUUAUCGCUCAUUUCACACGAAACUUUUGGUGAGAGUCAGAAUCGCGGGUGUACCUAAAUAAAAUCAAAUGAAAAGCAUACCAUAUUUUUGUACCUAAUUUGUACUAUUUAGUACCUCCUUUAAAAAAAAAUUGUACCUCACGGUACUUAAAGUUAUCACCAAAAAACAGGUCACCCGCCAUCCUGACAGUCAGAAUGGCGGGUGUACUUUAUUACGCUAUGUUCCCGUGGUUAUUGAUAAAUUCUAUAAAAGCCAAAUUUUUGUACCUUUUUUGUACCUUCAUAUUCAAUUAUAAUAUGAGUCAUUUUAUUUGUGCUUUCCAAGUUUUACUCAUUUUAUAUUUUGCUUGCUAUUACAAUCAUUUUUAAGACAUGAUUUUCUAAUUUAUUUGAACUUAACAGAUUAAACAUUAAAGGUACUAAAUCCUGGCGUAAUAAAAAUAAUUGUACCUUAGCGUUUUUUCUUAAAAAUUAAAUCGAUAACUUGAAAAAUUAUAACGCCUGCAAAAUUGUAAUAGCAAGCAAAAUAUAAAAUGAGUAAAACUUGGAAAGCACAAAUAAAAUGACUCAUAUUAUAAUUGAAUAUGAAGGUACAAAAAAGGUACAAAAAUUUGGCUUUUAUAGAAUUUAUCAAUAACCACGGGAACAUAGCAUAAUAAAGUUCACCUGCCAUUCUGACUGCCAGGAUGGCGGGUGACCUGUUUUUUGAUCAGAACUUUACGUACCGUGAGGUACAAUUUUUUUUAAACGAGGUACUAAAUAGUACAAAUUAGGUACAAAAAUAUGGUAUGCUUUUCAUUUGAUUUUAUUUAGGUACACCCGCGAUUCUGACUCUCACAACUUUUGCUAUAGUUACUUUAAAAACAACAAAACAAAUUCAUUUUGUACUUAAAACUAAUAAAGAUAAACUGUACGUCAAAUGGCGGUAAAUGAAAACUUUUUUCACGCAUCCGUAGUUUUUAUUUAAUUCAGAGAUAAAGUAAGAGUCUGGGGUCUAUUUCCGUAUAGGGACCGUGCGCGUUGGAGGGCCUGCCUUGUGGCCUGAAUCGGAACCAUAUACAUGUACAUUUGCACAUCAAGUGUUUUCUUGUGCAUGGUAGGUUCUGCCAUCCUGUGGGCUACAUCGGAACAAUAAACAUCACUUUUACGCUUCGCGCUAAAAAUCUGACUACUCCUGUGCUGCCUCCUACAGUUCAUGCACACUCCCUAUCAUUCGAUACAAACUAACAUGUGAGAUUUGUCAAAAUUCUAUGCAAUUGACAUUUCAUUUCGAACAAAAUUUCGACUGAUUUUAGAAUAGAGGUCAGAACGAAUUGUUUUUUUUGAGAGAUGUUCCAAAUUUGAAUGUAUAACUAAAUCGAUUUCGAUGUACGAGUAGUUAUGAAGCAAUAACAACAUUAUCACAGAUAAGAAAUUUGUUGUAACAAAACAGUUUAUCGUAAUGUUGGACAUUAUUUACGAUAUGUGUGUAGAUAAAAUUUGUGUAAGUCUGUGUGUUUGAUACUUGUGAAAUAUUUGAUUUUAUUUGCAAUCCGAUUCCCUAUCAUAUAAUUAUUCACUAAAUCAUAGUUUAGUUAUCUACUAACCCCCUUAUUAAUAAACGUCUACUAAAGUUACGAAGCCGCUAAUAAUCGUUUGUCCCUUUCCGACGUAUCGGUAUGAUGGAAAGGGACAAACGAUUAUUAGCGGCUUCGUAACUUUAGUAGACGUUUAUGAAUAAGGGGGUUAGUGCCUUGGGUAGUUUUUCUAAUUGGAGUAAAGUAUUUUGGAGUAAAGUAAAGUAUUUUCUAAUUGGAGUUAAUUAUCUCUGAGAAGGUUAAAAUGAUAAUACUUAUUAAUGCAAUUUAUUUAGAGUUAAUUAAUUAAUUAAUUGAGUUUGGUAUUAUCCUUUUCUGGCUGAUUUUUAGGAAUAAUGAAGACUAGAACUGGAAUUUUAUGUAGACUUAUUUUGUGAUAGAUUUUAAAAAUAUAUUUUAUUUGUGAAAUUAACCAUAAUGUAAAUUGAUCAAUAAUGUGCAUGAUAUGUAAUAGAAUAAGUUAUAAAAUUCUUUUUUUACCUUGCUAUAUACAUUUUAUUAAGUCUAGUCAAUAAAUUAUAUAAAGGCUUCA